CAGACCUGUCCGCCUUCAAGAAGGGAUGGCACUUUUUUAGGCCUUGACAUGGGCAGUUUUUCUGUACUGGGAGCUACGCUGAAGGUCCUGGCUCCGUCGCCCCAGGCCAGUGGUGUUCCAGCCCCCGGCUAGAAGGAGUGGCGGGUCCGGGCAAGAGCCCCCGGCCCUGCCCAGCCAGACCUCACCAGAGGCCAGGACCCGCACUGCUUGCUUGGCUCUGAGCUGAAGGCACGUGGGGGUGUGUGUGUCUGCAUGUGUCUGCGCCUUUGGACUGCACGGCUGUAACUAGGCAUCCUCUGUCCUGUCUGUGCGUCCUUUGCUGCCUCCGAGAGCCCCAAGAUUGGGGAAUUCGCCACACCUGGGGUCAAGUCUCAGUUCUGUUGGUACCUUCUUAGGGACUUGGAUGAGUUGCCCGGCUUCUGUGGUCUUCUUUCCACGUCUGCCACGUGGGGAUGUUCCACUCACCUUCCAGGGAGGCUUCUGGAAGGAGAACGAACAUCCAGGAUGAGGUUUAGGUGCACCUUGUUCUAACGCACAAAGGUUUGGUUCAGUGCCUGCUAGGCAGCAGGGGCUCCAAGGGGCAGCCGGGUGGAUGGAGUGCCCACCCUCCAUCCCCCACCGAGCGGGGCUUUCUCCCACCCAGCUCCGCAUCCUGUCUCCCUCCCUCCUGCCUGCACGUCUGCCCCUGGGACUCUGCCGUGUCACCCUUGAGCCUGUGUGGGUCCUUGGCACAGACGGCCCUGUGCCCUCUUGCCCCCACCCCGCAGCCUGAGAGGGUCCCUGGGGCAGAGCCCAGGGUGGCUCUCCCUGGAGUCUGCAGGCCCGUUUCCUCCUCCAGGGCGUCCCUCCCAGCUUCCUCUGGCUUCUGACCCAGUGACCUGGGCCGGGAGAGGGAGAGAGGGGGCAUCGCCAGGAGCCUGGGGUGGCAGACUGAUGAGCUGGCGCUACCCUCCCCCAUGGCUGGAAUGCGAGGCCACCAGCCCAGCUGUUUGUCCAGGAGGCUGAGGUCGCUGCCGGCCCCGAGUCUGUUUUCACUCCCAGGCCCAGGAGCCUCCGGGACUUUCCCGAGUUUGUUCCCUGAACCCACUGCGGGGCCUCGGGUCAAGCGAGCACCUGGGAGUUUCCCGACUACCUGCUGUUCCUUGGCGAAGUGGGGCUCCCCUUCUGCUCUGGCUCCCCCAAAAUGGGAAGGCACAGACCUCUACUCUCCGACCCUCUCACAAGUGGUGGCCUUUUUGGUGUCCCCAGAAGGACACUCCGUUGCUGCCCAGUCUGGGCCGGGUGCCCCUGUGCCUCCCCAUCAGGGCACUCGGCACUGUGCACUGUCCUGUCUUUACCUGCCCCUACCCCAGAGUUCCGGGCGGCUGUGGCGGGGGGAGCAGCCUAAGCCCAGAGUCGCCGGAGAGCCUCCCCUGAAGUUAGAAGGAAGAAUCUGCCCAGGGGGCUCCGCGCAGCAAGAUGAGGAGGUUCCUGAGGCCGGGACAUGACCCUGCGAGGGAGAGGCUCAAGCGGGACCUCUUCCAGUUUAACAAGACGGUGGAGCAUGGCUUCCCGCACCAGCCCAGCGCCCUCGGCUACAGCCCCUCCCUGCGCAUCCUGGCCAUCGGCACCCGCUCCGGAGCCAUCAAGCUCUAUGGUGCCCCGGGGGUGGAGUUCAUGGGUCUGCACCGUGAGAACAACGCUGCAGUGCAGAUCCACUUCCUGCCUGGCCAGUGCCGGCUGGUCACCCUGCUGGAUGACAACAGCCUGCACCUGUGGAGCCUGAAGGUCAAAGGCGGGGUGUCAGAGCUGCAGGAGGAUGAGAGUUUCACGCUCCGUGGCCCCCCAGGGGCCGCCCCCAGUGCCACGCAGAUCACCGUGGUCCUGCCGCAUUCCUCCUGCCAGCUGCUUUACCUGGGCACCGAGAGCGGCAGUGUGUUCGUGGUGCAGCUGCCGGCUUUCCGCGCGCUGGAGGACCGGACGAUCAGCUCAGAGGCCGUGCUGCAGCGGUUGCCAGAGGAGGUCCGCCACAGGCGGGCGUUUGAGAUGGUGGAGGCUCUGCAGGAACAUCCCCGGGACCCCAACCAGAUCCUCAUUGGCUACAGCCGGGGCCUUGUCGUCAUCUGGGACCUCCAGGGCAGCUGUGUGCUCUGUCAUUUCCUCAGCAGCCAGCAACUGGAGAACGUCUGCUGGCAGCGGGACGGCCAUCUGAUUGUCAGCUGCCAUUCUGACGGCGGCUACUGCCAGUGGCCCGUGUCCAGUGACACCCUGCAGCCGGAGCCCCCGCGCAGCUGUGUGCCUUACGGCCCUUUUCCUUGCAAAGCUAUUACCAAAAUCUUCUGGCUGACCACCAAGCAGGGGUUGCCCUUCACCAUCUUCCAGGGCGGCAUGCCGCGGGCCAGCUAUGGGGACCGCCACUGCAUCUCAGUGGUCCACAACGGCCAGCAGACAGCCUUUGACUUCACCUCCCGUGUCAUCGACUUCACUGUCCUCACUGAGGCGAACCCUGAGGCUGCCUUUGAUGACCCCUAUGCCCUGGUAGUGCUGGCUGAGGAGGAGCUGGUCGUGAUUGACCUGCAGACGGCUGGUUGGCCUCCGGUCCAGCCUCCCUACCUGGCCUCCCUGCACUGCUCCGCCAUCACCUGCUCCCACCAUGUCUCCAACAUCCCCCUGAAGCUGUGGGAGCGCAUCAUUGCUGCCGGCAGCCGGCAGAACACACACUUCUCCACCAUGGUAGGUCUGGCCCCAGCCCCGCCCCAGCCCAGAGCCAGGCUCGCCCAUGAACUUCUCCGUCAUCUCCUCCAGGAGUGGCCCAUUAACGGUGGCACCAGCCUGGCCCCGGCCCCACCCCAGAGGGACCUGCUGCUCACAGGGCACGAGGACGGCACGGUGCGGUUCUGGGAUGCCUCGGGCGUCUGCUUGCGGCUGCUCUACAAACUCAGCACGGUACGGGUGUUCCUCACCGACACAGACCCCAACGACAGCCUCAAUGCCCAGGGUGAGGACGAGUGGCCCCCCCUCCGCAAGGUGGGCUCCUUCGACCCCUACAGUGACGAUCCUCGGCUGGGCAUCCAGAAGAUUUUCCUCUGCAAAUACAGUGGCUACCUGGCUGUGGCCGGCACAGCAGGGCAGGUGCUGGUGCUGGAGCUGAAUGACGAGGAGGCGGAGCACGCCGUGGAGCAGGUGGAGGCCGACCUGCUGCAGGACCAGGAGGGCUACCGCUGGAAGGGGCACGAGCGGCUGUGUGCCCGCCCGGGGCCCGUGCACUUCGAGCCCGGCUUCCAGCCCUUUGUGUUGGUGCAGUGCCAGCCCCCGGCUGUGGUCACCUCCUUGGCCCUGCACUCCGAGUGGCGGCUCGUGGCCUUCGGCACCAGCCACGGCUUUGGCCUCUUUGACCACCAGCAGCGGCGGCAGGUCUUUGUCAAGUGCACGCUGCACCCCAACGACCAGCUAGCCUUGGAGGGCCCGCUGUCCCGCGUGAAGUCCCUAAAGAAGUCCCUGCGCCAGUCCUUCCGCCGGAUACGUCGCAGCCGGGUGUCCAGCAGGAAGCGGCGGCCUGCUGGCCCUCCGGGAGAGGUGAGGCCGAGGCCGGCCACGAGCCCGGGCAGAGCCCGGAGCAGCCAGCGGCAGGUCCCAACCACCCCUCCCUGCCCCGCCUGCUUUGGCCACAGACGCGGGCUCUGGGCCACCCCCGACCCCCACCAACCCUGUGACCUCGGAUCCGUCACACUGCUUCUCUGCGCCUCGGCUUCCCUAAGUGUGAGAGGCAGUCACUGUAAUGCCUCAGGCUCACGGCCUCAGUCAGGAUUACCAGGCAGGUGGUGGCAGGGGCUGUGGCCAGUCUUCCCGGAAGGCUCGCUGUUGAGCAAUCUGAUGCCCCCGGGAAGGAAGGCCAGAGCCCACCCUCAGGCCUGGCCCACUCCACUGCAGGUGCAGGAGGGGAGAAGCAGGGCGGAGAGGACUGGCCUGCAGAACGUGGAGCUGGCGCCCGUGCAGCGCAAGAUCGAGGCCCGCUCGGCGGAGGACUCCUUCACGGGCUUUGUCCGGACCCUCUACUUCGCUGACACCUACCUGAGGGACAGCUUCCGCCACUGCCCCUCGCUGUGGGCUGGCACCAAUGGAGGCACCGUCUACGCCUUUGCGCUGCGCGUGCCCCCCGCCGAGCGGAGAAUGGAUGAGCCGGUGCGGGCGGAGCAGGCCAAGGAGAUCCAGCUGAUGCACCGAGCGCCCGUGGUGGGCAUCCUGGUGCUGGACGGACACAGUGUGCCCCUUCCCGAGCCCCUGGAAGUGGCGCAUGACCUGUCAAAGAGCCCCGACAUGCAGGGAAGCCACCAGCUGCUUGUCGUGUCGGAGGAGCAGUUCAAGGUGUUCGCGCUGCCCGGGGUCAGCGCCAGGCUGAAGCUGAAGCUGACCGCCCUGGAGGGCUCGCGGGUGCGGCGGGUCGGUGCGGCGCACUUCGGCAGCUGUCGGGCCGAGCGCUACAGGGAGCAUCACCUGGCUGUCCUCACCAACCUGGGCGACAUCCAGGUGGUCUCGCUGCCCCUGCUCAAGCCCCAGGUGCGGUACAGCUGCAUCCGCCGGGAGGACGUCAGCGGCAUCGCCUCCUGCGUCUUCACCAAGCACGGCCAAGGUUUCUACCUGAUCUCACCCUCCGAGUUUGAGCGCUUCUCUCUCUCCACCAAGUGGCUGGUUGAGCCCCGGUGCCUGGUGGAUUCAGCAGAAACGAAGAACCACAGCCGUCUCUGCGACAGACCGGGCCCUGAGAAGGCCUCGGGCCGAGCCAGGUGGGUGAAGGGGCAGGUGGCCUUUGCUCCAGCCCCUGCUCACCCCACCCUCCCUGGGGUGCCCCCUGGGGGCUGGCCAGAGUCCCCUUCCCCCGUGAACUCAGCCCACCCUCCCAGCUCUGCCUCCUUGCCCCCCUUUGUAUGCCCCACCCUCCCAUGCAAGCUGGUCCGUCGACCUCAUUCUUCACGGGACCAGGGCUUUCCAGAACGGGGAGCCUAGUGGCCCCCGAUCCUUACUGUGUCCU